AUGGUUUCCCCAGACGAAGAGCACAUGUUUGCUUUCUUUCCUUCAUGUGACGAAAAGCCUGGAAUAGGAAGCCUAUGGCAUCGCGGAGACGCAAUAGAUAGGUGGAAGCCGACUACACAUUGGGAGUUUCCUCGAGGCUCUGGCGUUAUCGCUGGUCAAUGGCUCGGAGAGCAUAGGAAGUGGGUAUUGGACUCAUCAAACACGCCUAUUCGACUCCCGCCUCAAGGCCCCCGCAUUUCCACUGCGCAAGCUAUGCUAGUGCUUGUCACAGAAGACCACUUCGUUCAUCUGAAAUAUGCGCGUCACUUACCUGAAUUCAGGAGCCUAUCAACUUCGCUUCUCCACCCCAAUGUCGCCAUUGAAAGCCAAACCGCGAUUUCUCACAGACCGGUUACCGACAGAGCUUGUUUCGAUGCCAGCAUUGGACACCAUUUCUCGGAUAACACCGUCUUCAUUGCGUACCGCUCGCGCAAUCUGGGAUUUCCGAGGAACAGCGUGGAAUCAUUCGAUUUCAACAUGGACCUCAACUUCCCUAACCCACCAGACAGCCCCACAGAUUGGGAAAUGCUGGGAGAGGAUCCUCAAAUCCAUAUCUGCACAGUGGACUUGAAACUACGGGAUGAACUAGUAGUUCUGCGCUCAACCCCUCUCCCGCCUAUCAAGAAUGUCCCAAGACACGUUACGGAGAUGUCCUUCAUGUCAUAUCCUCCAGGACCGUCACCCGAAGCGACAGAACCUGAUUCGUCGUCGGGAAGCGAGAACCUCUUCUUUGGUGUCUCAACACUUGACUUGAAAGAUUUCAAUUCAACCCCUGUCACCUCCUCUUUCGCACUGUAUAAAUUCUCUCGUAUCUCCGCGGAAGCGCAGGAGUCCUCAUGGUCCUACAGCCAUCACAAGACACUCCCUGUUGACGGUGCCCUGGUAUUUGUUACACCCACUGUCCAAAACGGUGAUACAUCUCAGGGAGUUGCCUUCUUCGGCGUCUUGGAUGUCGCCGGACAGCAGCCCAAACCUUUAGUUCGUCGAAAGGAGACCGCCGUCGGGAGCAUCAAGGUGCUCAAUAUACCAGAUCUAACCGAUAAUUCGCGAUGGGAAACAUCCACCAUAUGGUCUUCGAUAUACGCUCAUGGAUUGCCUCACUGUGGUAUCAUUUCCCCGAAUUGCAAGCAAAUAUGGACGCCGUCCUUCGCAAUCCAAUCAUCCCUACAGUUGCUUCCUCAACCACACCAGGGAGAUAGCAAAUACCUACCUAACUCUAUUAGUGCGCCUCUUCCUCCUAGUGUCCACGAGUAUUACAGUGCUCAUAGAGCAGCGUCAGGCUUCGCCCUUGCCAUUCUCUCCAGGAGGACCGUGAUAGAUAUUACCCACAUCCUAGCCCGACCAGACGUCCCCAUUCCGGAGGUCGUUACAACCCUGAAGCAGGCUCUGGAGAUUAUACAAUCAAUCCCGACUCCUUCCCAGCUGCCAUACAUUGCCGAUCUUGUGGGGACAGCGUUGGAAAUUUACAAGUUACGCGCACAAAUAACGAAGAGCGAAGAGGAUAAGGCGGACCUGACGGCCAGGUGGCGUACAGCUCAAGAUGUUACCUCGUUGCUCGCGUAUCGGUUGGCGUUCGAUGCCAUCAGCGAAGGAUACAGAUACGAAUCCACGGCUAUCUGGGCGAGUAUGAGGAUGGCGAGCUUCACAUCGGACCUUGUAAAAAGACUCAUGAAACAGUGUGUCCUUGCAUCCACUUUAGCAUCUUCGGCAGAUGCGGCGGGCGAAGAUGAUGAUCCUUUCGCCUCUAGCAAUGGUUCACCCGACGAACAUCUCCAGCAAUCCGUUCUACUUCACUUGUCCCACCCGUUCACAAUGGAGAAUUUGGGGAUUCUACUCACGCACAUCAAACGCUUCCGCAACUUCAUCGAAGUGACAGCACCUCCCAAUGCUGACAUGUGGCGCUUUGCGCGAGGAAUUUUGACCGAUUUGAUGGAUUAUUGUCCAGUGAAUCUAGUCGAGUUGGAAAGUCUGCUGGAAACUACGAGCGAAGAAGUUCGCAAACUUGAUUGUGUGUUCACUGUUCAUCUGCGAGGUGGAAAAGUACUGACGUAUUGA